AUGACCCAGCAGAGAAGCAGCCUAACCCAGUGUCCAAUCAAUAUAGACCCACAAAAUCUUACACGUGUUUCUGAAUUUCAACUUAUGAACCUCUCAGAGGAUCUGGACCUGCAGCCCAUACUCUUUGGCCUGUUCCUGUCCAUGUACCUGGUCACAGUGCUUGGCAAUCUGCUCAUCAUCCUGGCCAUCAGCUCUGACUCCCACCUCCACACCCCCAUGUACUUCUUCCUCUCCAACCUGUCCUGGGCUGAUAUUGGUUUAACCUCCACCACAGUCUCAAAAAUGAUUGUGAACAUUCAAACUCACAGCAGAGGCAUCUCCUAUGUGGGCUGCCUGACACAGAUGUCUUUUUUUCUCAAUUUUGCAUGUAUGGAUGACAUGCUUCUGACUGUGAUGGCCUAUGACCGGUUUGUGGCCAUCUGUCACCCCCUGCAUUAUCCAAUCAUUAUGAACCCUCGACUUUGUGGCUUCUUAGUUCUGGGGUCUUUUUCAAUUAGCCUUUUUGAAUCACAGCUGCACAAUUUGAUUGCAUUACAGUCUACCACCUUCAAAGAUGUUGAAAUUUCUAAUUUCUUCUGUGAUCCCUCUCAAGUCCUCAGUCUUUCCUGUUGGGACUCCUUCACCAAUAACCUAGUCAUGUAUCUUGUUGGAGCCAUAUAUGGCUUUUUCCCCCUCUUAGGGAUCCUUUUCUCAUAUUAUAAAAUUGUUUCCUCCAUUCUGAAGAUCCCAUCCUCAGGUGGGAAGUACAAAGCCUUCUCCACCUGUGGGUCUCACCUGGCAGUUGUUUGUUUGUUUUAUGGAACAGCAAUUGGAGUGUACCUUGGUUCAGUUCUGUCUCAUUCUUCUAGAAAGGGUGCAGUGGCCUCAGUGAUGUACACAGCUGUCACUCCUAUGCUGAACCCCUUCAUCUACAGCUUGAGAAACAGGGACAUUAAAAGUGCCCUAAAGAAGCUCCUUAGUAUGAUAGCCUAA